CGGGAAGUUUCAGUCGGAUAUACGUAUUUUGAAGGAUAUGUCAAUUCCGGAAAUCCCAAUCAGUACAUUGAGUUCUUUUAGUCAGAUUUAGGACUAUAUAUAUAUGAAGAUUUUCAAAUAGAAAGGUAUUAUUUUCUCACCCUGACGAGCUUGCGCGGUUUGAUAUACGAGUUGCUGGAUAGUGUUAGCUCUAGGUCACAUGAUUUGCUAACAAAAUAAGAGUUUGGUUAUGCUAAAAUUACUGGAAUUAUUUUGGUAAACAACGUCCUCUGGAUAGUUUUUUGAAUUUGUUAAGAAUUGAAAACCACAUCCUGGACACAAUCCUGUUACGGGAAUGCAGUUUUUGAUCGAGCACACCUGGGAUAGCGAUCCUGUGACUCAUGACCCUAUCAGGAUCAAUUUCUCUCCUGGGCAAGGAGGGCUGAAGAUAGAGAUGUUUGGCCCCUUCUUCAAUGACCCAGCAGGUCCUGCAGGACCCCCCAGUGAGCCCUUCCCUGGACUCUGGAAUUAUGAAGUUGUGGAGUGCUUCUUCCUCGAUAGUACUACAGUCGAUUACCUAGAAGUGGAGUUUUGUCCGCAUGGACAGCAACUGAUAUUAUUGCUGUCAGGAGUUGGCCAUGCGUUCCUGCAACAACUGCCCAUGGUGUUUAAUGCCACGAUCAAAGGGGACAAGUGGAUGGGUGAGGCUCUCCUCCCCUGGUCAUACUUACCUCCCAAUAUCAACAAGAUGAACUCCUACGCCAUCCAUGGAUCAGGAGAGAAGCGUACAUAUGAGGCUCUCUACCCCAUCCCCAAGGACCAGAUAGUGGAGGGCCAAAAACCCAACUUCCACCGCCUGGAGUAUUUCCAAAAUUUCCGCCUGCAAAGCAUCAUGGGAGAAGGUUGGGUCCAGCCAAGCUCUGAUUUGUGGAUUGGAAAACCAUGAGCUUUUAAAACAACACUCUUUUCCCUUUCUCCUUUUGUCUCUCUUGCACACACCCACAUGCACAAACACACACACACACACAGCCCGGCAGGAGAGCAACAGUACAAACACUCAUUGACAGGGAACAAAGGGGCAAUCAAUCUUUUUUAGUUAAUAAUGCCAAACAAUAUGACACCAAAUGUGUUAUCAGCUUGUCGGGACGUAUUAGCCUUCACACACUUCUGUACAUGCACACAGUCACGCACACAUCACAAGGUAUUGGACGUCGCCUCACUUUGCCUCGGCAGAGUGUGACCUACAGCAGUUAAACUGAGGAUGGUGGGAAUGCUCGCUUUGACAUUCAGCUGCUGUGCAGCCUGUGAGUUUCACUGCAGUGAGAAAAACCUCGGCAGGUUCUUGUGAUUCUUUGCCCUGACUGUUAAAAGACACACACACGAAUGAUACACUGAAGGGGAAAAUCUGUUCUUCUGAGAUACAUUUUUAAGCUUUUUUUCUUAGUGCUUUUACUGUAUAUGGAUCAUUUUGUAACCAUUCAUCUUAAAAUUUAUUUCCUUUUGCAAUUAAAUAUGUUUACAUAUUGCUGGUGAA